UUUGCAUGGUACCGAGCUUAGCAUGAGAAAUUUGAGAACCAGGAGAAAUACCUGAAAAAAUAAAAGUGUAGUUUAUCCUUUUAAAUGAUUGUAACAAAAUAAUCUGCGAUGUAUUUCUCACCAACUGUUUAGAAAAUUGAGGUAUCUGUAAAAAGAAAAUAAAAAAUUACUUCAGAUUCUUAUACAACAUUUGUGAUGUCAGCUACCAGAAAAAUGAUGGCACAAAAUGUUCCAAAUAAUCGUGUAAUUACUACCUUUCCACAGGCCUAUGAUGUACAGGCUACUCCAUACCAAAAAUCCAACUUCCAUCCCAAAGUAAAAUCUGCUUGUUCAGAAAACAGAACUGGUUGUGUUGGUUUGAAGAUCUGUAAAGCUGUCUUGGUUGGAGAUGUAGCUGUAGGAAAAACAUGUCUAGUCAACAGAUUCUGCCAUGAUGUCUUUGAUAAAGACUACAAAGCAACUAUUGGGGUAGAUUUUGAGGUGGAGAAAUUCAGCAUUUUGUCAACACCAUUCACAUUACAAAUAUGGGAUACUGCCGGCCAGGAAAGAUUUAAGAGCAUAGCUUCAUCAUAUUAUAGGGGUGCACAUGUUGUCAUAGUGGUGUUUGACCUAUCAGAUGAGAAAUCUAUAUCAAGUAUAUCUCGCUGGAUGGCCGAUGCUACUGCAGCAGCUGACGAACCUGUCAAGUUUGUUGUUGGAACCAAGAAAGAUUUGGUGUCAAAUGCAUCAUGUAAGGCUGCAGAAGACAGGGCUAAAGAGAUAGCUUCAAGUCUUGGCGCUGAAUACUGGUCUGUCUCUGCCAAAACAGGUGAAAAUGUUCAGUCGUUCUCAUUCCGAUGUGUGUCGCUCACAUUUGAUGCCGCAGUUUUACGAGAGGUGGAAAAUACUGGAAUCUCGCAACAGAAAAUAGGAACUAUAAAAGUGGAAAGAAACAGAGCAGAUCUCUAUGAAUCACGGAAGAAAAGGCUGAAAAUUAACAACUGUUGUAAAGCAUAGUAGGAAUCAUUAUGUGAUGAUCGUCUACAAUGUUGCCUGUGAUGUUGUGUCAUAUAUGUUACAGUAUAUCUUGAAUUGAGUUAUCACAAAUUUUGUGUUAAUCCCCAUAUAUUAAUUAAUGUCCAAAGGUUCUUACAUAGAGAUAGGAGUCAAGUCUCAGAAUGCAGCCAUGCCAUUGGUCAGUUUCAAGAAUGAGCUCAGAAUCAUCCAAUCAGAUGCUAGAGUUAUGAGACUGGUUUCAAAAGGAGUUUUAUGUCUCUGGAUGCUGAAGUAUUUUUAAAUACAUUAACAGCGUUAAGAAGCUCAAUUCUACAUCAUGUUAUAGUAAUUGUACCUGUUUUAUUUUCAUUUUAAGCAGUACAACUAGAGAAUAUAUGCUAGUUUCUAGCCAGGGUAAUAACUGUCAAUACGUGUAAUUUAUACUUUGUCAAUACAUGUAUACAUACCGCCGAUACCAGUACAUCAAGCAGCUGCUUAUUUUGUUGAAUGUUGGUUUAUAUUUAUGACUGCUGUUGGUAAUUAUUUACCGAAGGAAAAAAGUAAGACAAAAUUUACUGAACCCAAGGCUAGCUUGUUGUGUAUAUGCCCUUAUUCUUUGACACAAUAUUUGCAUUUUCACAGGCAAAACAGUUAAUUAAAUAUGACUGCCUAAUGUUUUUGAAUCCAUAGUUACAAAUAUUUCAUCAUAAUAAUAUUGAAAAAAACUUAAAAUUUUUAACGUAGGAAUUAAUUCUCUUUAAAUGGUUGUACAUGUCUCAUAUUUUUACUAAUUAAUUACGAAGGGACCCUUCUAUAGCAACAGCAAUGGGACAGCUAAAACGUGGUCAUUGUACAGAGGUUGUUACUCUGAAGAGGUGUGAAUUACAUCCAGCAGAUAUUUUCAAUCUUGAUAGAUGGAAAGAAAAAUAUUAAUUUUGCAUUUCAUGCAAAGUACAGCAGUCAGACCUGUAUGAAGCAGCCAUACCAUAAUAAUAUUUUAUUAUUUCAGAUAGAUUGGUAUUUUUUGCAUUCCAUCCAUCUUUUUAUGUCCCGUUCAAAGUAGAGGUGGUAUAUUUUGCUUGUGUCUGUCAGUUUGACCUUUGGUUGGUUGACAAUUUUUUUCAGUCAUUGACUACAGAAUGUUGUGAAACUUUGUAUAAUUGCAUGUGGCGAGUAGAUGAUCCCAAAUCCUUAUUUUUUCGAGUAGGUCAAAGGUAAAGAUCACAGUGACCUAGACACUGAAAAUGGUUUCUGAUUUAUAACAGGAGAAUACUUAGGUCAGCUGUGGUCAAUGCUUGUGGUCACUCUCUUAAUUUAACCUUUAUCAUGCUGGACACGAUUCUGCCUUUGCGACCAGUGCAGAUCAUGAUCAGCAUGCACAUCCAUGCAGUCUGAUCAUGCUAUCUUUUUGGUAUACACCCCUUUAACAUUUAAUGGUACUGUCCAAAUUGAAAGAUGAACAAAUUCAUCAUAGAAAUUUAGCAGGGUAAGUGUUAAAGGGUUCAGUAUAUCAAAGUCACAGCAUACUAGAGUCAAUUACACACCCAGACUGUAGCUGCCAGUGAGAGGCCAUCAUUAUGGGGUCAUGUUUGUGUUUUACAACUUUAUGAGAAGGGUUAGUGUUAUAUAAAAUGUACAGAGUUGUUGUAUCUGAAUAGAAUGACCCUCUGAAGUUUGAGAUAUUGUUGCUUUGACUGAUAUUUAAGAUUUUUAUUAAAUUCUGUCUGUGUAAUUCAGCUGAUUCUGUGAAUGUAGGAUUGCUUUUGUUUUGUGGUUGUGUUUCUUCUAGGGAUGGGAACGAAUACUGAAAUCAAUAUUCGAAUAUUCGGUUUGCCAUAUUCGAAUAUAUUCGAAUAUUCGGUUUGUUUUAAUGGAAGCUUUAAAUUCUUAUUAAGUGAUUGGCAUAUACACAACGUAUUCAUUUGUUUAAAGCGUGGAUCAUCGUAAAUAAGGCCAAAAACAUGUUUGUUUCGGGUAACCCGAUCCUACAUAGGGAAACCCGCCGAUCCUAGCGUUUUACUUCACGAUUCUGUCAGUAUAAUCAUGAACAUAUUUAACUAAUUCAGUGUUUUAGCUUCAAAAUGAUACAAAAAAUCAAAACGAUUAUAAUUUAGACCGUCGCAAUUUUAUCUAAAAAUAGUAGGUCGUCCCAUUUAAACACGUGACGCGCUGUUGUAUUACCGCCGCCAUUUUGAAAAAUUUCAAUCGGCGUGUGAAAAUCGUCGUGUAAAAUGCAAGUAAGGCAGACUUAAAAGCUCCUUCAACAUGAACUUGUGCAUCAGUCAUACGUUUUUCUUGAUUUUGUUAUUAACUACUUCAAAAUUUAAUUCGAAUACGGCCGAUUGCGGAUGAAAACCGAUUCUACGGAUGGUCUGAAACAUACAAAAUAUUGUGAACAGAUCGACAAUAUCUACACGUUUGGCAUUGUUUUCGAAAAAAAAAAUCUACAACUUGUUACAUAAAACAGGCGCCAAUAAAAAUGAACAAAAGAUAAAAAGAUAUCACAUUUACGCCUAACACAAACUGUUAAUCCGUAGCGAUGACUCCAGGUAAUUAUGCAUUGCAAUUUUCUUGUGUAAUUGGACAUCUUUUGACAUGCAUCUGACACAUUGACGCCUGUUGCAAACUGUUAAUAAGUAACGAUGGCCCCUGCCAAUUAUGCAUUGCUAUUUUCUUGUUAAUUGGACAUCUUUUGAUACGUGACAAACUAACAUGACAUGGUUUUAUUCUGUAGAAUUAGCAUGCUCAUAUUGUCCAAAAUCAAUGAUACUUAUUUUGAAAAUAAAAAAUACAAUAAUUUACGAAUAUUCGAAUUUGAUUUUCAUAUUCCAAUAUUCGACUGAUUUUCGAAUAUUCGUUCCCAUCCCUAGUUUCUUCAUAAAUUAGAUGUAUUUAUUUCUUAAUGUUAUUGUUUUUAUUUUAAUGGAUACAGAAUUGUUAAAGAUUAGAUUUUUGAAGUACUUGUUACUGCUGUAUGUUUAUAAAGGAGACUGUGCCACAAGUGGUCUGAGACAUGAAAGAAAGACCAAAGCUAAAAUGAAUUAGUGUUGUGCUAUGGUUAAGUUAAUAUUUUUGGCCGAUUUCCUUUAUUUUAUUUUAAUGAAAAUGUUUGAUACAUAAAAUGUUUUAGGACUUUUCAGUUGGUUCUGUGACUUGUCUUUAGUAUAUCACAGAAAAUAUUAUUACUGUAACAGACAAAUUUUAAAUUUCGAGGAUUGAAUGGAAAAAACUGUCAUUAUGAUGUUCUUUAAAUUCGAUGUUUAUGGCACUUUUCUUUUCAGUCCUCGAUCUAUGAUGAUACCAUUGAUUAAGUUCUUUGAUUUUUUUUCAAGAGGAAUCAAGUAAACUCAAAUUGGUUAUAAAAAAGUAGAUAAUAUUUUUGUAAAUAUUUAUACAUAUAUCAAUGUUUCUGUUGUUGUGAUUACAAAUAAAAAAGGAAAAGUCCUUGGAAAUAGAAAAAGAAAUUGUGCCUAAAAAGUGUUCAGUGAAAUGUUGUGAUUCGUUUACGAUUUGUUUACCUAUUAUAUAUUGUAACUGUUGCAUAUAACAUAACCUCAGUGCCAAAAGUAGAGAAGUGCAUUGACACAAAGAAGCACUAAACCAGUUUUUGCGCCAAGGUGAUGAUAUAUAUUGUGUAUGAUAACAGUGUUCUUCUCAUAGAAGUUCAUGAUCACGGCUGUAGUUUAUCUAACCUUGUUAGCCCUUUUUGUCUAAAUCUGCUUCGAAAAUGUAAUGACAGUGUUUUUCUUGUUGAGCCUAUGUUUAUGAGUUGAUUUUAAACAUUCAGGUUAUGGAAACUUUAAAUCGUAGACUGUUACCUCUGCCAAGAUGAAAAGGCCAAACAAGGGCAGAUAAUCUGUGUUCCUGAAUCCCUGCUUAUGUUUUUAUAAAGUCAUAAUUGUGCCCCCUGGAAAUGUGAUGAGAUUUUGCCAUACGUCUGCCUCUGCAUAUGUCUUAACAAUGUUGUGUGUCAGAAGAAAGCAUUCAUAAUUAAUAGAAUUGGUUCAGAAUUUCAGCCAGGAGGUAUAGAUAUACUAGAAUUCCUAGAGAUAAUAUCCUUAUUUAGUGUGUUAGUUAUUUUUAUUGGGACCAGUCUGCAUUACAGUUUUUUCUAUGAUUUUCAUUUGUUUGUGAUUUUUAUGUACUUUAGAAAUAAUCUGUUAUUCUCUCUUGGCUGUUACACAUACAGUCACACUGGUAAUAAUUUUAAGCCGCCAGCCGAUGGAGCGACACAGUCUGGAUGCUUAAAGCAAUAAGCUUCCUUAUACAGUUACACAGGUUCAAAUGUAAUAAUAUUUAUGUAUAUGUAAAGGUAUUUAGAAUGAAACUUAAAGGCUAUGUAUGAAAUAACUACCGGUAAAUUUAUAUGAACUGGUAUAAAAUGACAAAAUGAUAGACUGGGUAUGAAACUUAAAGGUUAGGUAUAAAAUAACUAAAUUUACAUGAACUUGUAUAAGAUGACAAAAUGAUAGACUGGGUGCCAUUUUAUUCAGUUGUAAAUACAGUUGAAACUCGAUAUCUGGAACUCGCUUAUCUCAAAAUUUUGGUUGUCUCAAAGACAUUUUCAAGUCCCGUCAGAAACAUGUGCACAAAAUGUCACUUUACAUUGAAAUUCGGUUAUCUCAAAAGUAAAACGUUUGAUCCCUUGGAAUUUGAGAUACCAAGUUUCAGCUGUAUCAGAAAUGAAGGCGCGUUCUUCCAUUUUCAUGUUUCUUUGGUAAAUAGUCCAUGUAGAUCAUUAAUUUUGCAUCAUCAUUCUUAGUAACAGUUAUAGAAAAUUUAUAGUAAAUUGAGCCGUGCCAUGAGAAAACCAAAAUAAUGGCUUUGCGACCAGCGUGGAUCCAGACCAGCCUGCGCAUCCACGCAGUCUGGUCAGGAUCCAUGCUGUUCGCUAACGGUUUCUCUAAUUACAGUAGGCUUUAAAAGCGAACAGCAUGGAUUCUGAACAGACUGCGCGGAUGCGCAGGCUGGUCUGGAUUCAUGCUGGUCGCAAACCCACUAUGUUGGUUUUCUCAUGGCACGGCUCAAUUGUAGGUCAAUGAAAUGUUUGUAUAAAUGUAAACUUGUAGAAAUCAGUAAAACUGAAGACAUUCCUUAUUCCACAGGAAUUUCAUAACAUACUUGUAUAUGUUCAUUUAUCACAUAUUGGUGCCUUUGAGAAAUUGUUGUAGUUAUUUUAAGCUCACUUGAUUACUAGUAUGUAGCACUCCGUGUGAUCAGUUGUUACUUUCCCAUUCUUUGUUCAAAUUUUCUUCAGACAUCUCCUCUGAAACAAUUGGGUAACAGUUAAUGAAACUUGGUAUGGGUGUUCUUUGGAUGGUCAUUUUCCAUAUUUGUUAUAAGCCUCCUGCAGAUAAGUCACUAGAGUAAAAAAAAAAAAGGUUCAGACAUAGCCUCUUAAUUUGCAGGUUUGAUUUCUCAAUGAAUGAAAUACUUGUACGGCAGUUUUCUUUUAGUGACACUCUACAAUAUUGUUCAAACUUUGAUAAAAAAAAUGCCGCUAUGGUGUAUGGUCACAUUUUCCUGCAUGUCUGGAACUUCAAAUAAGUAUUGUUAGAAAGUGAUUGUUCAUUGUUUGAUUUGUCAAAAAAAAUGUGGCCACCAGAGGAAUUUGGUCACUUUUCCUAUAUCACUGCCACAGAAAAAUGCUUUGCAAAUCCCAAUACAGUGCUUUAAAGAAUUCCAAACAUGUAAAGGUCAUAAUAAGCCUUGAAUAUAUUGUUCUUUGAAACUGUUAUUAUAUACUGGUAGUAGAAAAAUAAAAAAUCUAGUCUGAAACCACAGGUAUAAUUUCAAAAUAUUUUCACAGAAAUGUCUCUUUGGUGACUGAUACAUUUGUUUAAGCCAUCUUGAUUUAAAAAAAAUUAUAGCCUUUCCCUAGCAUGGCAGUUUUCUUUAUAUGGCUGUAAGAACUUAUUUCUUUGGUAUACCGAAAUUGAUAAACCUUUUGCAAUUUGUUUAAAAACCAUAGUACCAGAGUAAGUCUUUUUUUUUAUGUCUUCACAGAAGCUUAAAAAACAUUUUCAUUUUGAACAGAUUCCACUGUAAUUUUAGAAUACUUAGCUCAAUAGGGAGAGUGCAUUAUCUUGGGAAUGAGUUUGAUCCCAGAGAGAGCAUAUGUUCUUUUUGACAAUUGAAAAAGAUACUAUCAGUGGCACAGUGGUUAGCAGGUUGGACUACAAUGCCAGCUGUCCAAGUUUGAUUCCCGAUCGCGACUGAUAUCCCGACUAGUGUUCAGUGCUAGGUGAUUUAUUUAAAUUGGUACUGUUUCCAGCAGUAUCGGCCUAGACUGGAUGCUGGGGAGGAAAUAUGACACCUGCCGUAGGUUUGGCUGGAAAUAAGUUGUUCCAUCCAUUCCAUGUGGGGACUUUCGUCGACUACCCACGUUAAAUAAGAAACUUUACCUUUUACCUUACUAUGUUUGAAAUCUUUUGUCCCCUGAUUCAUGUGGAGAAGCAGAGAAAGGUCAGUUUUAGUACGGAAUAAAAGAUUUAAUGCCCAUCAUAACAUAACUGAAAUACUAUUGAAAUGAUGCAUAAUGCAAAACGAACAAACCUAUCGUUCUUGAACACUUUUUACAAUAUUCUUAUUAGCAUAUAUAAUGUCAUAAUGUUUUAAUUUGUAUUUUACUGUUGUGUAUAUAAGAUUUAAUUAAUUCUGUCCAAUGAUAAAGUGUGCUAGCUUUUAUUUCAGUGAAAAAAAAAAUGUAACUCAUCACAAAUAGCCAAGUUUACAAAUGACCGUCCAGCUGCAUUUACAUGUAUUUUCUUGUGAAUUUUACAAAAAUGAAAUAAAAUUGCAAACAAGUA